UGCCGGAACCUUCUGUUGUUCUUUGCUGCAAGUCGGAUCGCUUUAAAUGAAGCUCAUUAAAACCCGGAAGUAAACUUUGUUUCUCAAUCGGUGGGCGUUUUUAACGUUGCUCACUAUAAAAAACAAACUGACAAAAAGAAAUACAAUGGCUAUCAGUGCGGUUCAUCUGGAGUCGGAUGCGUUCCUGGUGUGUAUGAAUCACGCUUUGAGCACGGAGAAAGAAGAGGUGAUGGGUUUGUGUAUCGGAGAGGUGGAAGUCACCAGGAUCGUUCACAUCCACUCAGUCAUCAUCCUCCGUCGCUCGGACAAGAGGAAAGACCGAGUGGAGAUCUCCCCGGAGCAGCUGUCUGCAGCCUCCACGGAGGCGGAGAGGCUGGCCGAAAUGACGGGCAAGCCGAUGCGAGUUGUGGGCUGGUACCACUCCCACCCGCACAUCACCGUGUGGCCCUCGCACGUCGACGUGCGAACUCAGGCGAUGUACCAAAUGCUGGAUCAGGGCUUUGUGGGCCUGAUCUUCUCCUGCUUCAUCGAGGAUAAGAACACCAAGACGGGCCGCAUCCUUUACACCUGCUUUCAGUCGGUCCAGGCCCAGAAGGGUUCUGAGUACGAGCGUGUGGAGAUCCCGAUCCACGUCGUUCCCCGCGAUUCCAUUGGUAAAGUGUGCCUGGAGUCAGCCGUGGAGCUGCCGCGGAUUCUCUGUCAGGAGGAACAGGAUACAUACCGCAAGAUCCACAGCCUGGCCCACUUGGACCCGGUCACCAAGAUCCACAACGGAUCAGUGUUCACCAAGAACCUGUGCAGCCAGAUGUCGGCGGUGAGCGGGCCGCUGCUGCAGUGGCUGGAGGACCGCCUGGAGCAGAACAAGCAGAGCAUCGUGGAACUGCAGCGGGAGAAGGAGAGGCUGAAGCAGGAGCUGAGCGCCCUCUAAGUGGGGAGGGGAUGGGGCUGCUGAUUCUUUUUUUUUUUUUUGUUGCUUUGUCCCCCAUUAACUCUCCCCAAGGGACACUCAUUAACCAUCUGGUUGUUGAUUUGAUUGAUUUCUCACAUUGAAAAAUAUAUUUAUAAGUAACCCAACUUGGUUGACAUGCAGUGAUCAAACAGUCCAUAUCACCUGUUCAUAUUUAAAUAAGAGCAUCAUUUGGUACAGAAUGAAAGAAAUGUGCCUUUAGAAUAGUGGGCGUGCACUUGUAGAUGCUGUAUAUUGUACAUAAAGACUGAAAUGUA